AUGGACGUAGCAAUUUUGAACAUCUUCAAUGAUAUCCCUAUAGUAACAAAAAUAUGGACUAUUGGCUCUCUGGGAAUGGGUGUAUUAAGUACCACACGAAUAAUUGACCCCACGAAACUGCUUUACAAUUAUGAUUUGGUGUUUAAGAAGGGUCAAUAUGAACGAAUCCUAUAUUCUCUUUUCAAUUAUGGUGAAUUAAAUUGGAUUUCCCUUUUGAAUAUAUUUAUAAAUGCUAAUCAUUUGACAUUGUUGGAAAACUCAUUUGCUGUUAAAAGAAGAUACUGUUGGGUUAUGUUUAUCUUACUGUGCAUGAUAAUAUCCAUGACGAGUCUUAUACAGCCCAUAUCAUCCCUCGGUGUGUUAUUGCAUGAGAAUUUAGUAUAUUAUCAAUUAAAGAAGGAAACCGGGAUGAAUUUCCGUUUAAUGGGUGGGAUGAAUAUUUCUCCUUCAUUAAUCCCUUUAUAUAUGAAUGGUGUGAUGUAUUUUGUCUACAAACAAUCAUUUUUAGAAGUAUUAUUAAACUUCUUACCAGCUCAUUUCGUAUUUUAUACGGAUGUUAUUCUAAACCGACUUUACGAUUUCGAUUUAUACCAGACACCCUAUGAUAGAUGGAUCAAUAGGGCGUAA